AUGAAGACCUUCAAGCAGGCUCCUCGGGAGAAGCAGGCUUGUUGGCCUAAGACUGACAUCCCGAAGGCAGCCAAGGAUGGGCCCGAAGGCCCUACAACUAUCUCUGCUAGUUAUGACUGGGCCACGGUCUUUCUGGAUCGGCUGGAGAAAAACAUGGGCCGGGGUCUGGUCCGGAAGAGGUUGCAGAGCUGGAACUGGGAUGUUAUCAGCACUUUCACUGGGGUCGGCUGUGCGGAGACGGCAUUGCUUACCAUCCAAAAAGCGGCCGGUGCUGGACAAGCGGUGAGGCUCCGAUGGGCGGUCGAGUCGGACCUCGGCGCCCAAAAGGUCUUGCUGGGCACAUACGGGUCUUGCCUCGCCCAGGACAUCUUUGAGUUUGACAUGGCCGCAAAGACCAACCACUGCUUGCGUCACAAAAUGGAGUGCCCGACUUGGCCAUCGCAGCGCGGGUCCGGCUACCUGUCUGAGUUGA